AUGGCCAGUGAGAACAACAACGCCUCGCAACAACCCACCGUUGACGAGACGCCCAUCUCCCCCUCCCGUGGCGAGCGCAAGAAUUCGCUCGAGGCGCACCUCCAGCACCGACCCAACCGUUCCGAGCUGGUCGAGAAAAACAUCCUGCCCGCAUCCAAUGCCGCUCCCUCUUUGAUCGCCCAUCAGAAGGAGCUCGAGAAGCACAUGCGCGCCGAUUCGCUCAACGACAAGCUCUCCCACCGCCCUGAACCUGAGGAGCUCCUCCGCGAGGGUGUCUUGAAGGAGGAUCCCCGUUCCGCCGAGAGCAAGUAUGCCGAAGCAAUUGAGGAGGAGUACGCCAAGCGCGAGGGUGGUGCUUAA